AUGGCAACACAAGGAGGUAUCAAUGUAGCCAUCGUAGGCGUGGGGCUCGUCGGCUCUUCCGUCAUCUCACAAUUGACGACCAUCCCCAGCUUGGCCUCUCAGCUGCACAUCGUCUGUCUACAGAAUUCGAAGAAGACACUACUCUCUACCGCUAGCUCUCCCUUGUCCUUGACUGGCUCUUCCGACUGGAAGUCGCAGCUGGCCAACUCUUCCACCUCGGCUCUUCCUCUGCCAGACCUCGUCAAGUCCCUCCAGAGGAUUACUCAGGACAGCAAGAGGCACACCGUCGUGGUGGACAACACUUCCAACGAGUCUGUUGCAUCCCUCUACCCUGAGUUCCUCAAGGCUGGUCUCUCCGUUGUCACGCCCAACAAGAAGGGUCUCUCUGGCUCCCUCGACCUCUACAAGGCCAUCUUGGCCAACUCUUCCCCUGACGCUGGGCUCAAGGGCCCGCUCGUCUACGGCGAAUCAACUGUCGGAGCUGGACUUCCCAUUAUCAGCACGCUGAAGGACCUCAUCCAGACCGGUGACAAGGUCAAGAAGAUCGAGGGAGUCUUGAGCGGAACUCUGUCAUACAUCUUCAAUGAGUGGAGCACCCCAGCUGGCGGAUCCAAGAAGUUCUCAGAGAUUGUCAAGAUCGCCAAGGACAAUGGAUACACAGAACCCCACCCAGCAGAUGACCUUUCGGGCUCAGAUGUAUCACGCAAGCUGACUAUCCUCUCAAGGUUGGUGCCUUCUCUGACGGGCAAGCUGCCCAAAGGAUUCGAGUCUGUGCCUACGCAUAGCUUGACGCCUGCUCCUCUAGAGUCUGUGACGUCUGGAGAUGAGUACGUCCAGAAGCUGCCUGACUUCGACGGCGACUUUGACGCACUCAACAAGGCUGCAAGGGACGAGGGAUGUGUGCUGCGCUACGUCGGAGUCAUCGAUGUCGAAAAGGGCGAGAUCAAGGCAAGCCUAGAGCGAUACCCAAGCGACCAUCCCUUUGCAACGUCGCUGUCGGGUUCGGACAACAUCAUUGCCUUCCACACGGAGCGCUACUCGGCGCGUCCGCUGCUGGUGCAGGGUGCUGGAGCCGGAGCGGAAGUGACGGCCAUGGGUGUGGUCAGUGACCUGAUCAAGGUGGCAGAAAGGAGAGGGUGA